CGUGUCAAUAAAAAGAGGGCAUGGGAACAGCAGGGCUGCGCUUGUGACGGGGAGCCAGCUCCGCUCUGCAGCUCUCAGAGUCAGGGGACGAGCAGCAGCUGCAGGCAGGGACUUCCCCCAGGACCAGACCGCCCUGAAGCCCAGGCAGGAGACGCCGCCCGAGCUCACAACUUUCCAAGGGAGUCUGCAGCCCCCAGAAUAAACUUUCCCUUCAAGCGCAGCCUGGGCUAGGACCUGUGCUGGGGCUGGCUGCGUCCUCCAGGAGGUGCUUGCUGGGCAGAAUGGAGUGGCAGGUGCUGGUGCUGGCUGCCUGCCUGGGCUUGGCUGACCCGGCCUCCGCGGACUGUGCCGCCCAGUGCUCCGCGUGUGCCGCGCAGACCCAGGAUGCAGAGCAGAGCAUCAAUCCGCUGAUCUGUGCGCUGGAGUGCCAGGGCUCGUUGCUGUCGGGCGCCGAGUGGGAGAAGUGCCAGGGUGCCCUGUCCCUCCUCACCCCCUUUCUGGCAGCAGCGGAGGGUCAGGACCCGUCCCCACUGGAGGUGGAGGCCGACGGGAGCCCUGGCCUGGCGGAGACGUCCGGUGGCCCCGUGAAGCGCUACGGCGGCUUCAUGAAGAAGCUGGACAAGAACAAGAUCUUCUCCCUGCUGCGCGAGAACGCCCACAGCAAGGGCGGUCUGCACAAGAAGUACGGCGGCUUCUCCCGCAAGCUGGGCGAGCGGGAGGCCUUGGAGAUGCCAGAGGAUGACCCGGCGCUGGAGCCCGGGGACGAGCCCGAGGACGGGGGCCUCAAGGACGAGAUGAAGCGCUACGGCGGCUUCCUCCGCAAGUACCCCAAGAGGAGCUCGGAGCAGGCGGCCGAGGGCGACGGGCCGAAGCCGGAGGACCUGCACAAGCGCUACGGCGGCUUCAUGCGCCGCAUCCGCCCCAAGCUCAAGUGGGACAAUCAGAAGCGCUACGGCGGCUUCCUGCGGCGCCAGUUCAAGGUGACGACACGGUCAGACGAGGACCCCAGCAUCUACUCGGGGGAGGUCUUGGACCUAUAGAGCCCCCCCCACCCUAUCUCCCACCACCCGAAACAUUUCCUGUAGGGACUGCAUCGCUCAUCCCGGCCCGUGUCCCCCCGUGCUCAGCCAGGCAGUGCAGGUCUCCAUAGACAGAGACGGUCACCACCCAGCUGCUGCUUCCCCAAAGAGCCAGAGGUUUAGGGUUGGGCGGGGGCUGCGUCCUGCAGCCUUCCCCGCAUGGGCUCUGUCCGUCGCGGUUCUGGGAUUGGGAUCUGCCUCUGUUCCCAGCACCGGACAGGCAGCCCCAGACCUGGGUUAAUUCCAGCCCCUUUGCCCAACAGCUGGUCCACCCACCUCGCAGUUGUUAGGAGAUGGCCCAAGCCAGCCCACCGUGCCCGCCUGUGCAACACCCCGCACCCGGGGAGAAGUGUAGGCCUGCGUCGAAACCCCCGGGGUGACCCCUUCGGUCUAUAGCCGGCGCACCAGGUCCAAAUGCCCCCAGGCUGGGAUGCAGCUCCAGGUCUGACCCACCACGGUGUCCCCUCUGCAGAGGCCCCGAGCACCGGUGCUGCAGCUCACUUCAAACACGGAGCAGUGGCCUUGCCUGCUGUUCGUCCUCCUUGGCUCUAUUCGCGCCGUUCCCUCUGCUCAGCCGGGCACGAUGCUCGUGCUGCACUUGCGCACGCUGCACCCCGCUCUGCGUCUCCGAGGGGAGUGGGUUUGUCCUCCGCUGACCUGAUGUCUCUCCAGCUCCAUUGCAGCCGCGUGGCUUUGCCAGGCACCAUGAUGGAGGGAGAACAAAGGGGUCACCUUCUUGACACCCCGAUUCGAUCUCUGCACUGCUGCCCCUUGGGGGGGGGUCUCUGUGCCCAGGCAUGGAGCGAGGGGAAGACGUCCCGCUGCUGGCACUGCCCUAUUCUUUGUGCCCCGGUGAGGCUGGCGCACAUGGGAUCAGAGCUGCUGGUAAUUCGGCGCCACUUUGAGUGUCCUUCGCAGUCUCCGUCCUAUUGCGCACACUCAGAGGGGAUGCUGCUCGCACAGAACGAAGCCCGGGGGCCAGCGCUGAAAGCCAGGCUCGUGGCCCGAUGCUGCCAGCCAGCACGCCGCUCUCCUCCCGUGAGCUCCGAAAUGCAGCUGGCCCACAGAGACCCCCACGAUUUGGAUGGGACAAUCGUAUGGCUCCAUUGCAGUCCAUGGGGUGAGACUGGGGCCAGUUUGCCAAGGGAAAGGGGUCAGGAUCCAGCUGUCUGAAGGGCUUACCCCAGGGGGUCACUCUGGCUGGGACGGGAAGGGGUAGCAGGGCAUCUCCAUUUCCCCUUGAUAACGGGCAACGCUGGGGAGAUCAAGAUUCACGGAAGCCCCCUGGCAACGGGGACCGCCGAGGUUGGGGUACCGUGGGGCCGCGCUGCCUGGCUGAGCCCCUGCCACCCCCCGCAGUCGCUCGCUCCCUUGUGCUGUUUGUGAAGCGUGCAGGUCGCCCGGAGUCUGCCUCCGGUCCCUUUUUUUUGUUAUUUGGUUUACAAGAAUCAAUAAAUA